AUGACCGAUGAUCGUCGCUCUCGAUCACCGGCGACUCGUCGAAACGGCACCCUCCAGUCGUGCGAACCGUGCCGUAGAUCCAAGCAGCGAUGUGACCACGCCCGGCCGGUGUGUCGCCGGUGCGCGGCCAAGCGCAUCAACAACCAAUGCUUCUACCACCCAGCUCCGAUGACCAGGCGCAGACCCUCGGAUGCAACGCGUAUAGUCGCCGUGGCUCCAAACCGCUUGAAUAAUAAUAGCCGGCCCACUUCCAAUGCGUCUAGCCCUGGGUCAUUGGGCAGUACGCGUCUUUACGCACCACUGGAACGGCCAUCGGCUCUCACAGGAUACCUGGGCUCCACGAGCUACACGGCGGUCCUGGCCGAGCAUCGCAGUGAGAUCCCAUUCGAACCCGAGGAGAGUACCGACUCGGCCCCAGUCUUUUCGGUGGAGCCUGAUCGACUGCAGGCUGGGCUGGAGGUACUGCGAUUCCUCUAUAACUUCCCGGUGAAUCGAGUCCUCAUUAACAAGUUUUACGUCCGUACAUGGAAUGCCGUCGUGCCCAAGAUCGUCAUCGAGGCUAUUGUGCGUUCGAUCCAGCAGAUCUUUGACGCGUUGGAUCCCAAUGAUUUGACCUCCCAGCUGCAAGACCUGGCCACUCAGAUCUUCCACAAUUCAUCCCGACCCAUGACUACACACCAGUCCACAACGAUUGAAGAGUAUUGCUCUUCUUUCACUGGUUCUAAUUUUCGCUGGGAAUCCCUUGCGAAUAUCUUUCCGCUGUGUGGACAGCAGCUGGUGAUCACACCAGAUAAUGAUCCCGAUAUCGUCCAGGGAUCGGACGAUCCUCGAGCCAAGGACCGACUCCUGGAGCAAGUGACCGUCGCAAGCGCCAUCUGCCUUGGAUUUGUGGACCAGGCUUCGUCGAGCAAUGAGCUGCUAGCAUUUCUGCAGUACAACGACGUGAUGCUGCGGACGCAGCAGUAUGGCGAUUCAAGCUACCAAGCAUGGCGUCGGCUUGGUGAUCUGAUAGCCACCAUCUACGCUGCCGGUCUGCACCUGGACACCGAGGGUGUCGAUAACUGCCCCUUUUUCUUACGCCAGUGGCGGAGAGGCUGUUUCACAGCGACUUUUUACAUGGACAAGAUGAUGGCGACCUUUGUUGGACGCCCACCCUUUAUGAACCAUCGGUAUUGCACGAUGGUGGCGCCGUUGGAUUUGAGUGACGACGUCCUGAUUGCAGGGGGUGAUGCUCUCAGCCAAGCGAUUUCCGAGCUUGACAGUUCCGGAUGGAAUAGGAAGGGCCAGUACCACCGAAUGAGCCUCAACCGCCUGCGAUUCCUGCUCGCCAGGUCCAGAGAGGAAGCUCUCGAAAUUGCAUUGGGAACCUACAAGCCGCAUGACCUGAUCCAGAAAUCAAAUAAAAUCAAGGACAGAUUACGUUCCGUUUGGGAGACCACUCCGGAUCAUCUCCGAUAUGAUCGACAGGUGCAUGAAGAUACAUCCGAACCGGGGUGGCUAAUCCUUCUUUAUACCUAUCUGGAUUAUCUCUACACCUGCUUUCUGCUCCAGAGAGCUGUUAUCAAACAGACGAAUACCGGGCUCGAUGAUCUCUGCGAUAUAUCUCGUCAGCUGCUAGCGAUUGCCAUCCGCACCAGCACGUCACGAACUCCGCUGAUGGAUCUGGACCGUCAUUUUUCGUGGAUUGUUCUCACCUACGGUCUCCCCAGCGCCAGUGUCCUCCUACUCGAACUUUUGCGCCAGUCGCACCGGCCAGGCCCCCACCCUGUGGUUCUCCCGCGCGCCGAGCUGAUCCGCAAUCUCAGCGUCUUUGUGUCAUUUCUGUCGUGGGUGUCGCGUCCCGGGCAUGGCAAUUACCACACGUGCAAAGAAGCCGAGAAGAAACUCUCUUAUAUCCUCGACCGGCUGCUCGACCCGCAGCCCGUGCAAGCAGGCGUGGUGGACGAUGUCACGUCCGGUCUCGACAACUUCUUGGACUGGUCCAACUAUAACAUUUGGGACUUUACGUCGGAUUUGAUGCCGCUGACGGAUGGGUUUGCGUCGUGA